AACGUAAAAUAAAAAAACCAAUCAUUAAAACAAUAUCAUCAAUUAUGGCCGAACAACAGAAACUUUCAUUGUGUCCACGUUUAGUGGACUAUUUGGCAAUUGUGGGUGCCCGAACAACACCACCUGUACACAAGGGAUUACCAGGCAACAAGACACCACCUGUACAAAUACCCGAACUCUUGCGACGUUAUCCACCCUCGGAUCAUGCCGACUUUCCCUUACCCCUCGAUAUGGUGUACUUUUGUCAGCCCGAAGGUUGCACCAGUGUUGGUCCCCGACGAACAGGUUCGGCCAUCAGGGAUAUGACUUCAUUUGUUUUCGCCUUAACCGAUAAGGACUCAGGCAAGACACGCUAUGGAAUCUGUGUUAAUUUCUAUAGACCCGUCGAGAAACAUACGCCCAAUGUUGAGAAGCCUCCAACGCAUAGUACAGCAACCACGGCACAAAGUACUAGAGGACGUAGAAGUUCGGCAUUCCGACGUGAAUCGUGGCGUAAAAGUAUGGAAAGAAGUUCAGAUUCGGCAUUUAGUAGCGACUACAGAAGUAACGUCGCACCAAGUGAUUCUGAUCGUGAAAUGACUUCUCGCCGCGAUUCUGAUACCCAACAUCAUGUAACGCAUCAUGGCCACACCAUGCAACAGGUGCCCAAACUGGGCUUAAUGGCACCCUCGGCCGACUCUGAGUCGGGUGGCAGUCAUUCGCCCUCGCCGAGAGCCUCUAGGAAACGUACAAAAUUACGCAAUCAAUCAUUGACUUCAUUGUGCAUUAUCUCACAUCAUCCUUUCUUCACCACAUUUCGUGAAUGUUUGUUUAUAUUGAAAAAGUUAAUAGAUGCCUGUAAUGAAUCCUCCUCCCCCAAAAGAGUGGGGGCAUCUCAAAAAACAAAUCGCGAUAAUGUAUGGACUGCCUUGACGGGACAUGCUAGUGAGGCGACUUCUUCAAUUGUGUUACACGAUGUUAAGGAAAUUGAAACCUGGAUAUUGAGAUUGUUAUCGACACCGGUACCAGUGCCAGGAUCAACCAGAGUUGAGGUGGAGGUACUUUCUCCCACAGUCCAUGAACCUUUAUUAUUCGCUUUGCCCGAUCAUACUAGAUUUUCUCUGGUGGAUUUUCCCCUACAUUUGCCCUUGGAAUUGUUGGGGGUAGAGACUUGUUUAAAGGUUUGGACAUUGAUUAUGUUGGAGAACAAGGUGUUGUUUCAAUCUCGUGACUAUAAUGCACUCUCCAUGUCGGUAAUGGCGUUUGUUACUAUGCUAUAUCCCUUGGAAUAUAUGUUUCCGGUGAUACCGCUACUGCCGACAUGUUUGAGUUGUGCCGAACAAUUGCUGUUGGCCCCCACACCCUUUGUUAUUGGUGUACCGGCCACAUUUCUUAUGUAUAAAAAGAAUUUCCGCUUGCCUGACGAUAUUUGGGUAGUGGAUUUGGAUUCCACAAAGUUAACACCUCCUACCGGGGGCUAUGAUGAAAUACCUCCACUUCCUGAGCCAGAAGGCACAGUUUUGAAAAAUCAUUUGAAACAGGCUAUGCAACUUAUGGAUGAAGCUGGACUUGGUGCUUUAAGUUCGAUGACUGCUUCAAAUCAAGUAAUAUCGACCCAACAACUGAUGCCAUCGGUAAGAGACAGUUUGGCAGAGCCAACACUAUUGGGUGUUUCCCAGGCCCGUUUACCCUUGCAAUCACCUUCACAAUCGGCUUACACUAGUCAAAGAAACUCGGUAUCUACUCAAGGAGCUAUGUCUCGGCAACCCAGUCCCAUGAAUUCACCUGCCUUGAAUCCCUUUAUUUAUGGCACUGAUGUGGAUUCAGUAGAUGUGGCCACCAGAGUAGCCAUGGUUCGUUUCUUCAAUUCCCAAAAUACUUUGGCCAACUUUGCUGAACACACACGUACUCUACGCCUGUAUCCUCGUCCUGUGGUGGCCUUUCAAAUUAAUAGCUUUUUACGCUCACGACCUCGCUCAUCAUCGUUCCUCAAUCAGUUUGCCAAAACUCAGGCUGUAGAAUUUCUAGCUGAAUGGUCUCUAACGCCCACAAAUGUAGCCUUCCUUAGAGUACAAACGGGUGUCAUGGAUCCCUUGCAAGUUGGCGAUAAACCCAAAUGGUUUGCUCAUGGUUUAACUCCCAUUCGAUUUUCGGUUUGGGAUGAUGGCAGUUCCUUAAAUGGAGCUUUGCGUUCGCUCAAGCAACUAGAGUGUGCCGCCACCGAUGAGAGUGGUUCCGAUUCGGAGGGAGCCGAUAGUUCAAGUUCUUCGUAUUCCUCUCUCAGCGAUUUUGUUUCUGAAAUGGUGUCAUCUGAUCUAUCGCCUAGUUUGCAUGAUGUUUUUGGCUCACACAAUCGUCCACAUAAUGUUCCUCAGACAAUGUCUUCUAAUUUAGAUCCAGCAUUGGUGUAUCAUCCUCCUAGCAAGCUACAAUAUCCCGAGGGUAUGGUGGAACAAAUGUCUUCCAAGGAGGAUGAAGAUGAUCGUCCGGAGUCUCCCAUGUCAUCAGCAUCAUCCAGUCGUUCGGAUUUAUCCUCGCCUAGUUUUAAUCGUGACUCAGAAUUUGAUUUUCCCGCCAAACCUUUUGAAUUGGCUGCACCGGUAGCCCAAAGACUAGAUGCCACCAUUAAAGCGGCCAGUUUGGAACAGGAAUCGGAAAGUAAUUCGAAUAUAACAAUAACAGCACCUCAGGCUCAACAUAGAACCCAAAGAGAUCAGGAGACAAGGCAUGUGUCAGAAAGGAAAAUACCGCCUCCCAUAACGCCUGUUAAACAGCCCAGUGUCACCAAUAUCUUGGCUCGCACUGGCAGCUCUGGUUCCAGCUCUAGCAGCCCGGGGCGCCAAUCUUCGCAAUCCUCACUAUUUGAAAAUAUAGCCUCACAUGCCAAGGACUUAGUAAGAGAGACAACCCGACAAAGUAGCCAGGAGGGCAUUUUGGCUCAUAUGGACAAGCAAUCUUUGGAUGAAGAUAUUGAUGAGAAAAUGCGUCAUACAUUUGAAAAGCUUACCUUACAUGCAAAGAAGGCAGCCGGAGAAGCGUCUAAGCAAGCUUUGGAAGUCUCUAAGCAGGCAGCAGGGGUCAGUAAAAACACAUUUGAUGACCUGAGUUAUGUGGGUAAAUCGACAUUGGGUGAUAUUACAAAAAAAGCCAAGGAGGAAGCCACUAAAAAGGGCCUCAUCAAAGUAGAUGAAAAAAUGGAACCACCUAGUCCAGGAGCAGGCAAUCAAGUGGCUACACAAAAACAAAUACAAAACAGUGGAGCAGGUUCGAGUAAUUUCUUUUCCAAUAUUGGCAGUGAUUUUAAUGGUUUGGCCUCGUCCACUACCACCAUGUUUUCGGGAAUGUUUGGAAAGAAAAACCAACAAAAACAACAACAACCCUCAGCUCAACAAACAAUGGGUCCCAAAUCAAAGUCAGGUUUAGGUUUUGACCCGUUUCCGGGUCGCAAAGGUUUGGUAGAACGUACACCCUUAAUAAAACAUGCGGGGCCGCAUAAAACCCAAGAAGAAAUAACACGCCAACAAAAUCAGGAACGAUCUCACAGUAAUGCUGAAAAUCAGGCCUUCCUUAAAGACAUGACAAAUCAGGUGUUGGCGGGAGAAGGUAUAGGCUGGUUGAAAAUGAAUCGUUUCAAGAAGCUAAUGGAAGAUGAAUCCUAUCGUACCUUGGUAUUGAGUAAACUCAAUAAAACAUUGGACAAGAAAGUAGCUCCCGAUGAUCAUAUAGAUGAUAUGUGUGUCACCAAACCCAUAUGGAAGGGUAUGUUGAAAUGUCUGCAGGCCGUCACCUCUGGCUUGGAAGUAACGUUCUCGAAUUUCGGUUUGGGUGGCACAGCUUCUGUCUUUCAAAUGAUGGAAAUUGCUCACACCCAUUACUGGAGCAAAGAAAUCAACGAUGCUAGUGAUAUGUCCUCCAGUUUACUCUCCAGUCAUGCUACCAGUCCUAUGGGUAGCCGUGAAAAUUUACGCUCCCCCUCCAGUCCCAACGGCUCUCAUUCGGGCCUAGGCAGUGAAUGGGCUUCACCGCAGGAAUCUCGCAAAAGUUCAACACACACCGAUAGAUCGGGACCAACACAAGUUGCUGGCAAUACUGGUCCCUCACGACGUCUAUCGACGACCGACAGUCAAGAUGGUCAAUCAACAACGGAAAUGUUCAAGGAUAUGUUGGCCCAGAAGAGAUCGGCUUUGCUGAGUAAAUUGACUUCGUUUGAUUCAGAUGCUGCUGGUUCUACGGGCGCACUAUCGGUUGUUAGUGAUCUACUGCCCGUUGGCAGUUUGAAUGUACGUAUGCCAUCCAGUUGUCGUUCCACUGUUUCCGAUACUGAAUACGAAAAUACAACAACCUCCAAAGAUUCGAAACGCAGUUCGGGCAAUAUGUGGUCGGGUAAAUCUACUCUUAGCGCUGGUUUUCGCUAUACGGGUGGUCAUUUAAUAAAUACCUCGUCAUCGCCUUCGCCCGAUAGUCCUCGUGUUUAUUUGUUCGAGGGUUUGUUGGGUAAGGAUCGCUCAAACCUUUGGAAUCAAAUGCAAUUUUGGGAAGAUGCCUUUUUGGAUGCUGUGAGCCAGGAGCGCGAUAUGAUUGGUAUGGAUCAGGGACCCAUUGAAAUGAUGGAACGUUACAAAUCACUCAGUGACUCGGAACGCAAACGUUUGGAGCAUGAUGAAGAUCGUCUACUCUCCACUAUGUUGUACAAUUUGACCGCCAUUUUGGUAAUGUUGAAUGUGAAUAAAGAGGAAAUACGUCGAAAGAUACGAAGAUUGCUGGGUAAAUCUCAUAUUGGUUUGGUGUAUGCUCAAGAAGUACACAAUGUGGUGGAUCAAAUUAAUAAUUUGAAUGGCAAUGAUAUUGAUUUAAAACCACUCGGUUCGAGACUUUUGCAUCGUCAAAGUUUCACCGUUCAUCAGGGUGUUGAUGCUUCAGGACCGCUACGUUUUAUGGAAGUUAGAGAUGAUGGUUUGGUUUUGCGUUCAGUCGAUGGCACCAUUGUGGAACGAUGGUGGUAUGAGCGUUUAGUGAAUAUGACCUAUUCCCCAAAAACAAAAUUGCUUUGUUUGUGGAGGCGCAAUGGUGGUCAAACUCAAUUGCACAAGUAUUACACCAGAAAGUGCAAAGAACUUUACAAUUGCAUCAAAGAAGCCAUGGAACGUGGUGGCACACCCACCAAUGUUCCCGAGCUAGGUGGUGAAUUCCCUGUACAAGACAUGAAUACAGGCGAAGGUGGUCUAUUGCAAGUGUGCCUUGAAGGUGUUGGUUUGUUAUUUGCCAACAGCAAGGACUUUGAGUUUUUCGUUCGUUUGGAUCACAUACGAAAGUGUUUUACACAAAAGGGUGGCAUAUUCGUAUUGGAGGAAUAUAAUCCCAAAACUCGCCAACUCAUACAACGAAAAUAUAAAUCUACCAUGGCUUCAGAGGCAGCCUUAAGUUUGCAUCGCAUGUUCAGCAUCAAAUUUGCCAAACGGCUAAUGGAACAUCCUGAAUUUUAUGGCAAAAAGGACUCAAAUCAUAAUAUACGCAACUCUCAGAUAUUUGAAGAAACGGAGUUUGUAAAUACAAGUUCAUCAAGUGACAGUGAUUGAACUGUUUAAAUA